GCAAGAAGAACAAAAUUCAUGCGAACAUCACCAAUGUUGCCAUGGCGGACGCUCUGCAGGCGCUUGAUCUCGUGGAAGGUAUUGAAGAUUUCCUGAAACCGUCAGAAGCUGAUGAAACUGCAAUUUCAUCGGUUGAAUUACCUCACAAGUCAGAUAUAAGCUCACAAAGUGUUCCUUCAACCGUUCGUAGAACUGCACGGCGAAAGACGGUUAAAAAUGAAACUGAAACUUCUCAGACUCCGAUUGCGCCAACUGUUGGACGAAGUGCAGCAGCAAAAGGAAAACAAGAUGUUCACAAGACACCAGGUGCUGUGCUGACUAGCCAAAAAAGGGAAGCAAAGGAGAAGAGUUCAGUUAGCCAAGUAUACAGCAUUCGAAGAUCAGCAAGGUUAGCCGCAAAACGUUUGAAGGAAUCAGGCAAACAGGAUAAUGAAAGAUCAGAUCAGACCAUUACAUUCGAUAACUUUUCUGAAGCAGCGACUGAAGGUUUGGAAGUGGACUUUGGGAAGUGUUCUCUUCACUUCGAGGAUGAAGUAGAGAAAGCUGGUAUUGACUUGAAAACAGCAUCUGAGGAGGGUUUCAAUAGUAAAAAAGCCAAAGACGGUGCCCUCUCAUUUGAAUUUGAGAAUCUAAACCUGUUAAACAACAAACUGAAAGUUGAUAUGCCUAAAAGCUCUGAAGAUCUAGCUACCAGUGACAACUCUAACGCAAUCAUUGAAAAUAAUGUUGACAUGCUACUGUCUAAAAAACUAGGAGAAGGGGAAGAGUUGAAUGAUGACAAAGCUAAGGAACUUGAUAGCUCAUUGGAUGUUGAACCUGCCAAUUUUGUGUUGGCUGAGAAUUCCACAAAUAAUGGUUUAUCUGAUGGCAAGGAAUCACAUAGUGAUGAAUGUUUGAAUCUGCCUGAUUCAUGUGAUGUUGAAGUAGGUUUGCAAGAUCCACAUGCCCAUGUUACUCCAAAAUCCUCUUCAGGGUUAGAUCAGGAGGUUGCUAACAGUGACAUGGUACCUAAGCAAAUUGGUAGAGCCAAUGAGCACAAUGCUAACAAAAUCUCUACAUGUGAGGCUGGAGAUGCUGAUUUGAGCCCGGAUGGGUAUUCAGAGAGUAUAGGUUUAUCUUCUGGAAAGGAAUCACACUGUGAUGGCGGUGUGAACUUGUCCAAUCUAUAUGAUGGUGAUGUUGGUCCAGAUUCCUCAUUGCAACUAGGCCAGGUGAUCGUUUGUGAUGGCAUGAUUCUACCCAAGCAAUUGAAAGAGCCCAGCACUGAACAAAUCUCUGUCAGUGAGGUAGAAGAUGCCGAUCUUCAGUACAAAUGCGUGACUGUAAGUGAUGACAUGGGUCUAACCGAGCAAUUAUAUGCUCCCAACACUAACCUCUGUGAGGUUGAAGGUGUUGAUCUUCAGUGCAAAGUCCAGGAGAUUGUUGGCAAGGAUGGCAACAUUAAACACAUUUCUGACUUUGAAGUUCAAGGUGCUGAUAUUCAGUGUAAACGCCCACAAAUUGUUGGCAAUGACAUGGUUCAUUUAGGUAAUGAGGAUGAUCCAAACACCGAAGAAAAUGAUCUUCAGUAUAAAGUCCAGGAGGUUGUUUGCAAGGAUGACAACAUUAAACACGGUUCUGACUGUGAAGUUCAAGGUGCUGAUCUUCAGUCUAAAGGCCAACAGCUUUUUGGCAAUGACAUGGUUCAGUUAGAUAAUGAGGAUGAGCCAAACACUGAAGAAAUUUCUGACCUUAAAGAUGAUAAUGCUGAUCAUCAGUGCAGGGUCCAAGAGGUUGUUGAUAAUCACUUGGUUCUAUCCAAGCAGUUGGACAAUGAGGAUGAAACAAACCCCAAAGAAAUUUCUUACCCUGUAGGUGAAGGACCAUUGUAUGAAUUUACAACUGAUGAGGAUGAAGGUACUACACAAGCUAGCUCUGAGACUUCAGACGAAGAGCUGUCACUGGAAGAAUUUAGAGGUCAUGAGAAUGGGCCAAAGGCCAAAGGAAUUUCUUACUAUGAAGAUACUAUGGAAGGUAUCUCUGAGAGUUCAGAUGAGAAUUCGGACGCAGAAUUGGAGAAAUUGACUGGUGAUGAGAAAGAGACCAACAAUGAAGGGCUUUCAUAUUCUGAGGAUGAAGGUGCUAUAGGUACCAUCUCUAAGAGUUUAGAUGGAGAAGGGUCAUUGGAGAAAUUGACAGGUGAUGAGAAAGAGACCAACAAUAAAGGGCUUUCAUAUUCUGAGGAUGAAGAUGCUAUAGACACUAACUCCAAGAGUUUAGAUGGAGAAGUGUCAUUGGAGAGGUUGACAGGUGAUGAGAAAGAGACCGACAAUGAAGGGCUUUCAUAUUAUGAGGAUGAAGAUGGUAUAGACACUAACUCUGAGAGUUUAGAUGGAGAAUGGUCAUUGGAGAAUUUGAGAGGUGAUGAGAAAGAACCCAAGGAUGAAGGGCUUUCAUAUUCUGAAGAUGCUACAGAAGCUAGGUCUGCGAGUUCAGGGAGAAAAGAAUCACUGAGUGAAUUUGCAGCAGGUGACAACGAGGCAGAGAGCAAGAACAUUGAAAGUUCUGAACUUUUGGAAGAUGCUUCAGAAACUAACAUGGAUACUGCUAUUGGGGAUAAAAACACAGUGCAAGAAUAUAUGCAGAACUCUGCAGGAAAAGAACCAGCAUCAGGAUUGCAGAAUGUGGCUGAGACUCCUUUUGUAUUCUUGGAAUCUUCGGUCCCUAAAGGCGACACUCCACUCUCAGCUUCGGCAUUUGAUCAUAAGCAGAUCCCUACUGGCUCGGCAGGAACAAAUUUAGGUCACACCAUUCAGAUCAUCUGCUCGACACCAACGAAAACACCAAUUACCAUAUUGUCAGCAGGAGUGAAGUCUGUGUCGGAUGACAAGGAGAAUGUUGAUAACAGUGGCAGAAAACUGGUUCGUAUUAAGGAGAACAAGAAAAAGCACCAUGAAGAUUGCAGCCCGAAGGAGAUCACAAAAAGCAAUGCUAACACCAAGGAAGCUACCAGGUCAGCUUUGCAACAACUACAAGAGAACUGUUUGGUUGACACCGUUGAAGACUAGGAUGGUGGAGCAGAGACCAGCUUGUCAAUA